AUGGGGCAAGAUGUUGAAAGCCAGCUCAUUGAGAAAUUAAAAUUGCGUAAGUUUUCAUUACAAAUGGACGAAUCCACAAUCCGGGACAGUGAGGCUCUGUUAUUGACUUAUGUGAGGUAUAUUGACCACGAGGAGUUUCAGGAAGAGAUGCUGUUCUGCGAAUCGUUUGAAACCACCACAACUGCAAAUGAUAUUUACAUCAAAAUCAAACAUUAUUUGGAUGCAAACAAAAUACCAAAGGAAAACUUACUGGCAUGUGCGGCAGACGGUGCACCUGCCAUGAUGGGCAAGAAUACGGGAUGCUUAAAAAUGAUGAAGGAUGAAAUUUCACAAUGA